UGUAUCUCUUCCUAAUCCCUCGCUUCCUCCCGGGCGUUCCGUCCCUUUGAUCCGCGGCGGAGGGGCGAUGCGGCGCUGGGGGGCCUCGCUGGCGCCCUUGGCGGGCUCGCUGGCGCUGGGGCUGGGCUUGGGCGCCGCCUGGGCCGGGGGGCAGCGCCGGGGGUCGCCGGAGGGGCUGCUGGCGCGGCUGCCCGUCGUGCCGGUGGCGGCGGCCUCCUCCUCCUCCUCUUCCUCCUUGGCGGUGGGCCGGGGCGGCGGGAGCGGCGAGCUGGCCAAGUACGGCCUGCCGGGGCUGUCGCAGCUGCGGAGCCGCGACUCCUACGUGCUGUGCUACGACCCGCGAGCCCGGAGCGCCCUGUGGGUGGUGGAGCGGCUGGACGCGGCGGGCCUCCGCGGCUCCUCCGAGCGCGCCGCCUGCGACUUCCGCGAGGACGACUCCGUCCACCCCUACCACCGCGCCAGCAACGCGGACUACCGGGGCAGCGGCUUCGACCGGGGCCACCUGGCCGCCGCCGCCAACCACAAGUGGAGCCAGAAGGCCAUGGGGGACACCUUCUACCUCAGCAACGUCGCCCCCCAGAAUCCUCAUUUAAAUCAAAACGCCUGGAAUAAUUUGGAAAAGUAUUCUCGCAGUUUAACGAAGACUCACCAGAAUGUUUAUGUCUGCACCGGCCCACUUUUCCUACCCAGGAUGGAGCCAGAUGGGAAGAUGUACGUGAAGUACCAAGUCAUCGGCCGGAAUCACGUGGCCGUCCCCACCCACUUCUUCAAGGUGCUGAUCUUGGAAAAACCCCGGGGAGAAGUGGAGUUGCAAUCCUACGUCAUGCCCAACGCCCCCGUAGACGAGAACGUCCCCCUGGAACGCUUCCUGGUCCCCAUCGAGAGCAUCGAGAGGUCAUCGGGCCUCCUCUUCGUCCCCAACAUCAUGAAAAAGACCACCAGGUUGAAAGCCAUCACGGCUGGGAGCGCGGCCUGAGGACCACUGCAGAGACCGGCUGGGAGUGGCGUCGGAAUAGAAAUAGUUCUCGCUUUGCGGCCACGACUGAGCCCGAAAAUCUCUGCCGCUAAGCGAGUCAGUUGUUCAGUGCGCUUGGCCCCCCCCCCUUCUGCGACUUUCCCCACCCUCGUGGUUAAGCGAGGUGUUGCCAUGGUUAGGGCAGUCACGGGGUUGUUAAUCUGGAUUCCCGUGGAUUUCGCUGGUCAGACGGCCGCAAGAGGGGAUCGCAUAAAUUGCGACCGUCAUAAAUGUGAGUCAGCUGCCAAGCCUCUGGAUUUUGAUCACGUGACCGUGGGGAGUGCUGCGAUGGUCGUUAAGUGGGUAAAACGGUCAUUGGGGAAGAGCAUUUAGUUUCUUUUAGAAACCCUAAGAAUUUUUUCUUUUAAGGAUUUCUUCAGUUGCAGGGAAAUUUUUGGUGGGGGGGUGGGAUAAUGGGCAAGGUUAGAGGGGUGCACUGCCUCACCUCAGGGAAAACAAGAAGCUGUUUUUUCUUUGCCCAAACUCAGGUUGAGGGUUGCAUUUUGAGGCAGGGAGAAAUAAUCGAUACCUUCCAGAUCUGUUUUGCACAAUAAAACACGACAAAUUGCUCGGA